CGGAAAUUGGUCAAACGCGAAUGCCGAUGACGUACGCAUUUUCGCGUGCACGCGGCAACCAUGCGACUAUCGUACCAAUUGAUUCUGCAAGUCGCGACGAUAUUCCACGGUGUCUAGAGCUUGGAGAGAAGAGUUGAAGCAUGUCACAGUGUCAACCGCGUCCACAAAAUUCGCCACUGGAGAAUAGACAGGCCGCCAACAGAAGCACAGCGAUUGCUGUUCCGGCUUUGUUAAUCGGCAUUGUGGGAUAUGUCACUUGGAUUGUGGUCGUCCUCAUAGCCGUAAACUAUCUCAUCAAACAUCAGAAUCGGCAUGGCGCAGGCAUCGGAAUCAUAGUGCUAUACUUCAUAUUUCUAUUUCCUAUGGCAUCUAGCUAUUUACGACUGCUCAUGACCAUACCACAUCCUGGAUAUAUCGAGAAGGGAAGCCCUACUGCUGCAACUCCCGUGAAGCCGGCAAAAGAGGCCCCUCCUCAGCAUAACAUACAGGCUUCAUGUACGAGCACCACCGUACAGGACGGCACGAAUGAAACGACUAAGAAGUCACGUCCUACUGCUCCUCAGGAGCCCCCGGUCACCCUGCUGGAUACCAAAGCCAUACUCAGUGGUGAACUGCCACCGCCACCUGGAACCGAACAAUUCUACUCAAAAGAUGUCUUUGCUUGCGACCAGAAUGGCUUGCCGAUAUGGUGCGGUACUUGCAACAACUGGAAGCCCGAUCGUUCGCACCACGGCAGCGAUGUGGGUAGAUGCGUCCUGAAGAUGGACCAUUUCUGUCCGUGGGUUGGUGGGGUGGUAGGUGAGAGAAACUUCAACUUCUUUAUUCAGUUCUGCUCCUAUGCUGGGAUAUAUGCUCUAUUCGUCAUGAUCGUCAUGGCAGUCUUUGUUGCUGAAGCAAGAAGUAGGGGCAACGCACUAGGCGGCAACUGGAUUGCUGGCUUGACCUUGGGAGCCGUCUUCACAUUAUUUGCUGGCGGCAUGGCAAUGACAAGUAUUGGCCUUGCGCUCAAGAAUUUGACGACCAUCGACAACAUCGGACAUCAGAGAAGAGUCAUGCACAUCGCUGUUCUAGUUGACUCCACGCAACAGCGCCAACCAAGGCCUAUGUCUAUAGAUCAGCUCAAACCAUCGCACGGUACAGAGGAUAACGAAGAACCGUGGCAAGGAACCAUCACGUAUCCACUGAGCGUCUUACCAGACGCAUCCUCGGAGACCACGCUACCUCCCCGCACAUCCUCUCCGCCUCGAACGUUUGCUAUCUUACGCACACAUCCAGGCAUGAAUCCUUGGAAUCUUGGAGCGUUCAGAAACUUCAAGUCGAUCAUGGGUGACCGCUGGUACGACUGGUUCCUGCCCUUACGACAUUCGCCAUGCUGUAAACAUGAUCGUGGCGACAGCAUGUAUGAGCUCGGCCCCGAUGUCGAUCGUCUGAAGGUAGAUGCUGGGCUGUCCUCUUCUCGUAGCAGAGGAGGGUCGAGCAGACGGAAACACAGGAAGCACCGACACCACAGAGAAGAUUCCGAGGAUGUGGAUAUAAUGGGCUCGACACUUGCAAACGUCAACGGAGUCACAGGGAGGGAGCAAGAUAGCUUUGACUCGGUUUGAACCAUGGGCAAGAUCCUUGGUUUUGCUUUCAACUUUCGCAUAUAACAUAAUUUGAUACCCCCUAUUAGCGAGAGUAUGAUGCAUGCAAAUUCUCGACCGCUAGCUACUACUGUGAUAACAAAAGCAGAAACAAAACUUCGACAGGCCUAGA